CAAGGUUUCGUACCAGCGGGGGAGAAUUAAAGCUAAACAUUGUUGGAUAUAUUUUUGUCUCACACAUGUAAUGGAAGCAAAGGCAAACGAUUUUCAUCGGGUUCAUCGAAAGUUACGUAGUGAUGACGACGACAAAUGGGAUUGCAGCGUAUGUACUUAUAUAAACCCUAAGGAGUCAUAUAAAUGCGAAAUUUGUCAUACUAGAAAGGGUACUUCCACGAGGAAACCGCGUCUAAACAAUCAAGUGGUUGAGCAACAGCAGUUAAUUGCUCAAACUAUCCUGAAGGAAAAGGAUGAUGAGCACAAAAAGAAAAGGGAAUCAAAGUGUAAACAAAGCGUAUCAAGCAAUUUUCGCCUUAAACACUUUGAUCGGUCUUCACCCUUACUAUUUGAGAUCUUUGCAAAUGGCUAUAGUGUUAUUAUCACUGAAUUUCAACCGAAGUCCUCCAAGUCGAAUAGUCGUAGUUUCUCAGAAAGUCCCGCACUUUCUAAUUCCUCAUCACAUCAUGGUUUUGGGGUUAAUCCUGGUAAUUUAGCUGAUGAUAUAUCGUCAACAGAUUCAUUGACCAAUGUGCCUAUUACUUCACGACCUCAUCACCUUUCGACUCUUUCAGAGUAUGAAUUUAAUGAUCCUAUGGAUAUCAAACCUCCUAAAAAUACUGACUGUCCAUUAAAAUCUAACUUCACUAUAACAAGAUCUGGUCCACCAUCAAGUGAAGAACCUUUACGUCCCUGUCGAUCUUACUCAUCUGCAUCAAGUUCCGUUGGAGGUAAUACAUUAAGUCGAGCAAGUUCACCUCAUAAUUCAAUUGGUCCUUGCCUAUCUGAUGUUAAAAAAGAGCAAGCUGCUCUUGAAGCUGAACAAGCGGCUCAUGAUGGCGAUGACGAAUGUGAAGAGGACGAGAAUAUUAUUAAAAUUAGCUUGUCUAACGAAUCAAAGCAAUGUUCACCGUCUGGUACACAACAUUCUAAACGUUCAGUAUUACGAAGUGUUUCUCUAAACUCAUCUUGUCCCCCUCAAAGUCGUCGAGGUCAUCGAGGAGGAAGAUUAAGAUGUACACCUUCUAUAUCUCCUUUAAAACGCAAAAAGCUAACUCGUGGUUCUAGUCGUAAUACCUCUGUAAACAUAUCUUCUCAUUCAUCUGGUAAUCAGUCCAAAGAAAAAGUAUCAAACGAAUGCAACACAUUAGUGCCAUCUAUAAUUUAUCGUUCUUUACGUAAUAAUAGCAAUAAUACUGAUAAGUGUGCUUUAACUAUUUCCGAUUCCAAAAAAUCCUCCUCAAAAAGAUUUAAAAAAUUAUCUCGUCAAUCUGAUAAAAAUUGUAAACCUCAAAAACGUCCACGUUUUGAUGGACUAUGUGGUAAACCACUUUUAGGAAAUGGUUCAAGGCAUGAAAAAUGUUCAAGUGACAAUAAUAAUAAUAAUAAUAAUAAUAAUAAUAAUAAUAAUAAUAAUAAUAAUAGUACAGAUAAUAAAAUCAUUUCAUCUAAUGAAGAGUGUGCUGCAUUAACGAGUAAACCACUUAUCUUCCCUGAUGAUGAUCAUUAUGCACCAACCAUACAUUCAUCACCAGAUCUUCAUAAAGAAUCUGUAUCCACUGUCGCUACAUCCCAGGCACGUCCACGUUUAUCAACAGAAUCUAAAAAUACAAGUGCAAUGACAGAUAGCAGUGGAGCUACUGCCUUGGAAAUGUCUAGUUAAUAAGUUUCACUUGUGUAUUAUUACUAUUAUUAUUGUUUUUCUAGUUCUAUUAAGUUACUUUUAAAUUUUCUUCCUUUUUUUAAUGUUAUUGCUUUGUUUCCCCUUUCUCUUGCCUACUUUGUUUCUAUCGGUCUUCAUUAUUAUAUUGUAUUAUAUCAGGUUGCAUAUUUGUUCCAGAACAGUAUAAAUUAAGUGGAAAUGAAUUGAGUAUGAAAAGUUUUCUAUGUAAAUGAGGUUGACUAUGUAGGUUUUAUGUAUGUAUAUUAUGGAAAGGAAGAAUAAACCUUGGUGCCUUUCGUGUACUACCAUGCAUAUAUAUAUAUAUAUAUAUAUAUACAUAGACACAUGGACAAUGGUUUUUUUUAGCAGUUUCCUCAUUUUUCUCUCUUGUACAUAUUGUUUCUUAUUUUCUUUAAACUGUGAAUAUAUACACAGAUAUGUAUUUAUUAGCUUAUUUCUACCACUAUUAAUAUGUAUUAAAAGGAAGGAAGAAAGGAAGGGAGAAAGGAAAGAGAGCAGACAAAAGAUCAAAACUUUGAUCUUCUAAUAUUGUUUCGUCCAAGUGUCACACGUAGAAACGAGUUGUGUUGUUAUCAAUAGAAUUUUAUGAUUUUCUCUUCUGACUUACCUAUACACUAAUAUAUAUAUGCUGAUAAGAUUACUUUAUUUUAUUCAUUCAUUCAUUCCAUGGGGUAUCUUAUUUGUUUAUAUAUAGGAUAAUAUGUUUCACUGUUGUAUAUUUGACAAUUACAAAUUGUUCAAUUACUUAUUGUUUUGUACUUAUUUAUUUAUUUAUUCAUAUUAUUUUUUCAAUGGUCUGAUUGAUUUCAAUGAUCUCUUUGCCUUUAGGCCUAUCUUUCGUCCUACCUAUUCUUUUUUAUCUCUUAAUGCUUUCUUCUCACUUAUUACCCAAUUGUUAUGUAUGUGCUGACUUACUGUUUCCGCUACGCAUAUGUAUAUGCGCUUCACCUGUGCGUGCGUGCAUGCAUGCAUACAUACAUACGUAUAUACUUAUGUUUGUAUAAAGUAUGCUUUCCUUUUAUACACAAGUGUAUAGUUCAAAUAAUUAUUGAAUUGUUUUACCUAAUAUAAAAUAGUGUCUAUUAA